CAUCGGGGCUCGCAACGGCCCGGCCCCGCUCCUCCUCCUCCUCAUGUGCGCCGGAGCCCGGGUCUAUGGAAGUGAUGGAAGGACCCCUGAACCUGGCGCACCAACAGAGCAGAAAAGCAGACCGGUACUUAGCAGCAGGGAAAUUUGAAGAGGCUAUUUCUUGUCACAAAAAGGCAGCCGCAUAUCUGUCAGAGGCCAUGAAGCUGACACAGUCCGAGCAGGCUCAGCUGUCCCUGGAAUUACAGCGGGACAGCCACCUGAAGCAGCUGAUGCUGAUCGAGGAGCGGUGGAAGAGGGCAAAGCGUGAGGAAAGGCUCAGAGUGCAGCACACCACCGACAGGGAGGCGGCUGGCCCUCUACAGGCAUCUCCCAAAGCCCCUGCCGACGAUGCCGAGGGUCCCGCUGGCCUCGGGGCUUCCAGGCGCAGCCCCUCCAUGGAGCGGCGCCUACCGGAAAUUCAGGGAGUCUUCGACCGGGACCCAGACACGCUCUUGUUUCUGCUUCAGAAAAGGAAAGAACCGACCAAAACGUGUAUUGGAAGCAGAGCCCCGAAGGAUGACAAAACCAUCAUAGAAGAACAGGCCACCCAAAUCGAAGACCUUAAACGGCACGUAGAGUUUCUAAUGGCUGAGAAUGACAGGCUAAGGAGAGAAAACAGGCAGCUGAAAGCGGACAAGGCCAGACUCCAAAAGGCUCCCCAUGACAAGGAGCUUGAGGGAGAUGCUGAUUUUGUGGAGAAGUCCGAGUUGUGGGGCCUCCAGCCUCAGUCCGAAAUGGCCACAGAGUCCUCAACGUGGCAGAAAUUCGCUGCCGCAAACACGGGGAAGGCCAAGGACAUUCCAAUUCCCAAUCUUCCUCCCUUGGACUUUCCAUCUCCGGAACUUCCUCUCCUGGAGCUGUCCGAGGAUAUCCUGAAAGGACUGAUGAACAGUUAGGAGCCAUAAGUCAGUGAACAUGGCAGAAAGGGCGAAAAAAAAACCCGGGGGAGAACUCCGACCCCAGAUCUACUGGAGCGGAGGCGUGGCUGGGGUUUGGGAAACUGUGACUACGAAGGACCCAGCUGGAGCCCAGGACACCAGAGCUGUCCCAGCCCGAGCCCUCCAGAUUCUCCGGACUGCAAACCAAAUGACUACCUGGAAACACUCUGCAAGCAACCAUUUUCCUUCUCUUAACUUCAGGGUUUUAAAGGCUGUUAUAAAUAAUUAAUCUUUCAUGCCAUAAAGGAUAAUGCAGCCCUAACGAAGAUCUGCCUGCUGGAAGAAAGAUGCUUCCAAGUGGUGCAGCACCGGGGGCGGGGAGGGGUGUGUGCACGGUUCGCCAGUUCAGAUGUGGCCCCACAGCAUUCGAGGGGCACCUAUACGUGCCACACUUUGCACUACUCUUAACAUAAUGUUAACCUCAAGACCGUCAGAAAUAUUUGUUUUCACUUUUUGAAGGAACCAAAUUAUUAGUUUUGCUAUUUUAAAAAAAAAUCCGUUUACAUAAUUAAUCAGGGUGCAUUGUAAUUUUUGACUUGUUUGCUGUAUGAGAAGUUAUGCAUCAUUUAAAAAAAAAAACUACCCACGGAGCUUUCUGCUCAUUCUCAAUGGUGUGUGAGUGGAAGUAAUGCUAGUUGACAGUAUUGAGGGUAAGAGAUCAAUAAAAUAAUUGUGUUUUA